GGUGCCGCCGCCGCCAUGUCUCGGUACGCCCGCCCGCCCAACAGCUCGCUCUUCGUCAGGAACGUGGGCGACUGCACCAGCACGUGCACAAUGGGCGAUUCGUAUUACAAAUCAACUAUAUCAUUUUUAUGGUACUUUAGGCCUGAGGAUUUACGUCGUGAAUUUGGUCGCUAUGGCCCAAUAGUAGAUGUUUACGUUCCCCUUGACUUCUACACUCGCCGUCCAAGAGGAUUUGCAUAUAUACAGUUUGAAGAUGUUCGUGAUGCAGAAGAUGCACUCCACAACCUGGACCGAAAGUGGGUGUGUGGCCGUCAAAUCGAGAUCCAGUUUGCCCAAGGUGAUCGAAAAACACCUGGUCAGAUGAAGUCAAAGGAACGAAGGUCCUCACGAAGUUCGCCUCGAUACGACCGUUAUGAUGACUAUGAUCGGAGGAGGAGAUCCAGAAGUCGCAGUUAUGACCGGAGGAGAUCACGAAGUCGUUCAUAUGAGCGAAGUCACAGGAGAUCUGACAGCCCUAAAAAUUCACGGAGCAGAUCAAGUGGAAAGCGUAGACGCAGCCGUAGUAACUCCUUCAAUGACAGGCAUAGACGUCGCCACCGUUCUUACACUAGAUCAAGAUCCAGGUCGAGGUCCAGGUCCAGAUCAAGAUCUAGGUCCAAAUCGGUAUCAAGGUCAAAAUCGGCAUCCAGAAAGGAUUCUAAGACACGGUCACAAUCAAGGUCAUGCACCCAUUCAAGAUCUGGGUCUAGGUCUAAAUCCAGGUCACUGAGUGGCCACAAGUCUGACAGUCACCAUGAAGACUGAAGCAGCGGAAAGUCAUCAAUUUACAGCUUCCAUUGUGAUUUUUUUUUCUUUUGUUUUUUGGGGUCUUGUAGAUGUUAAAAGAAGGUGGGUACUGUUUUAUGACUACAAGAAAACUUAGUGUGCGAGACUAAUUUGUUGAUGGUGCUUGAAAGAUUUCAGCCAUGAUUUUAAACCGAAAGGUGCAGUAACUAUGACUAGUUAAUGACAGUCCCGUUGACAUUGACAUAUUAUUCAUUAGUUCAUUGAAACUCAAUUUUCACAUUUGCUUUUAGGCAAAUUUAGAGCAUUUGAACUGCAGCUAUGCUAUGUUAUUGUUAAUUUUUAUAAAGCAGUGCCCUCUAUACUGUGCAAAGAAAAAAAAACUAAAUUGUUUUCCCAGUUAAUAUUCUGAUGGAUUAAUAAAGCUGCUGGUACAAAUCAAACUGUGUGAAUUCAAAAUUUUGUAAAGGCUACUGUUAACAAGUGCUGUAUUCAUUAACAUACAUAAUGUGAGUUUUUAAUUACAAUUCCAAUUUGUUGCCUGAAACUCAAUUUCAGGCAUCACUUUGCAGAAAUUCCCCUUUUAUUUGUUUAACUGAGUACAAUCUGGCAAUUUGCUGCCCACAAUUUUGUUCUGUUUGUGUGCAUUGAUCCAAUGCAGUAGUCUGGCAUGCUACCUGUAAUAUUGAUUUGUGUAUUUUGCAUGAGUAAUUCUUCUCAUUCUUGGCUGUAAAGAUAAUUUGCUAACAACAUUAGAGAAACUGCAUUUAAAUGUAAGAAAUGCAGCAACUGGGGAAUUUGGGAGUUUCUUUGAACAGCUGAGAAGUGUCGUGAUCAAACUUAUUUUCUUUCAUGUAGAAGCUUGUAUAAAAAAAAGGGAUUUUUAUACCAAGUCUUUUUAAUAAAAGCUGUUUGUAAAAGUUCAUCUCAAGUAUAAAUGUUUUCAGUUAAGCUUUAAAAUGCCAAGUUGUGUAGGUUUUUUGCAUGCCUAGAAGAUGUGACAUGUUAAAUCAAGUAUUGAUCAUUCUAGUCUGUUGCUUUGAACAAGUAACAUUAGUAUAAUCUUAAGAAUAUGGGGGCCCUAAAGUCAUAUUUAGCCAUUUACUUUGGGAGGAACAAAACUGGAUGAAGUUUCAUGUAAGUGACCUGAUCAACUGAACUGAUUUACAGAUCAAAUCAGGGUUAUGUGACUAUAACUAAGCAAAGCUGGUCAUCCUUUCAAUUUGUGCCAGGACAUAUUCAGAUUGUCUUGCCUUUUAAGGCUUGGUUUGUUUCUUUGCUAACCUUAAUUGAUCAGAUUCUUGAACUUUGAGCUUGUGAAGACCACAAAUACAGGGUAAGCUUUUCAUUACUUUCUAGAAUUUGGUUUAAGAUAUGCAGUACAAAUAAACCCUUGCAAACUUAGCACAGGUUUAGAAUUAAAGCUGACUACAUUUUAAGUUUUUGAGACAGAUGUGGAUGUUGUACUCAUCCCUUUUUUGUUCAUAGCUGACUGUAACUUCAUUUGUAAAUAAAUCUGCUGUAUAAUGAA